AUGUCCUGGGAUAAGACAGCAUGUAAAAAAUGUGGAUUAAGCUUUUUGAUAUUUUAUGAAUUUAAGCUGUUGGAAGAAAAAGUAAAAGCAAUGGAAAAGGAGGUAAAAUUUUGUGAAGAAAGUAUAGAAUGGGAAAAAGGACUUCAAGCAGAAUUGCAGUUUCUUUACCAAGGCCUUCAACACUAUCGAGCUGACAGUGAAUCCAAAACAGACAGAAUAAAAAACCUAACAUGGGAACUUAAAACCAAGCAAGAUGAACUAAAAAACGUGAAAGAUGAUUUGCAGUAUUUCCAAGAGGAGAAGGAAGCUGCCUAUAAGCAAUCACAAGUGCUCAGAAAUGCACUGGAACACCACUGCUCAAUUCUGAACAAGGCUGUCUCCCUCUUCCCUCUUAUUAGAAGUGAACUAGAUGGCAUUAAAGAUGUCAUCUCCAGUAACCUGGAGAACUGGGCUGCCAUGAAAGAAGAAAUUUUUCUACAGAUAAAAACUGUUAGCAAAGAAGCUUUGACAGAAAUACCCAAACUGAAUCAAAAAUUAGCAAAGUCCCAGAAAGAGAAAGAAAGUCACCAAGAAAAUGUAAAACAGCUGACCCUGAUGGCUGACACAACUGAGCUGAAAAUUCAGCUUCAAACUUUACUUCAGCAAGGGAAUGAGCUGCAAAGUACGUGCCAUGAGCUACAGAAGGAAACAUUAG